UGGAGAGAGAGUCCAGCAGAGGGCCACAAAGAUGACUGGGGUCCUGGAUCAUCUCCCUUAUGAAACAAGACUGAGAAACCUUGGACUGUUCAGUCUGGAGAAGAGAAGGCUGAAGAGGGAUCAUAUCAACGAUUACAAAUACUUAAAGGGCAGAAGUCAAGUGAAUGGGGCCAUGGGCAAAAAUUCUUUACCCACAAGAGGAAGUACUUCUCUACUUUGAGGGUGACAGAGCACUUGAACAGGCUGCCUGAAAAGGUUGUGGAAUCUCCUUCUUUGGAAGUACUCAAAACCUGCCUGGAUGCUUUCCUGUGCAACCUGCUCAAGGGAGCUUCUGUAGCAGUGAGUUGGACUCAAUGAUCUCCAGAGGUUCCUUCCAACUUUUACUAUUCCUAAUGGCCUAGAAAGGUCAGAAUUUGCACACAUGGUACAAUGUUCUGAGACAAAGUAGUGAAGCAGAUUGCAAACACGUUCUAAGGGAAUAUACAGAGCAAAUCAAAGAAAUGAGUGGAGGAAUGAUGUCAGUAUAAGAGGCAGGGAGAAAGCACAGAGUUUGGAAGAAGUAAAGUAGUGAAAGGUAUUUAAAAAAGGCAGUGAAAAAUGGGUAGGACUCAUAGAAGCAGCAGAAGAAAAGAUGGAGAAUGCAAUGGGAAAGGCAAUAUACAGAAAGAAAGAAAAAGAUAAAGAGGCAGAAACGAACGACUAAGAAGUCUGAAGAAAUACGCAGAAAGGAAAAGCAAACAACAAAGUGAAUGCAAAUGGAACAGCAAAGAAAUGAAAAGGAGAAAUAUAUUACUGAGGAGAUCCGAUACUGUGUGCAGAGUUGUGCUUCCCAUCUCUUUCUUUGCAUCUCACUGCAUGUUGGGGAUACACCACCAUGUGACAAGCCUCUCUUGGACUCCUAUUCUUAGCUCCAGUGAUUUAAAAGAAUACCCCCUGGGUGGGGAUUCCUGUUACAGAUCAAGGAAAUACUUCUUACUCUCUCUAAUUAAAAUCCUUCCUCACGCAGAAAGCUGGCUCUGUACCUGAACAAGUACCUACUACCUCUAGGCAACAUAAAACUCAUGCAUUUCCUAUUCAUUUGCUCUAACUCUGCAAGCAAGCUCAGCUCUGAAUAAGGGAUCUCUACAUCCUAGCAAGAACCCUGCACACUCCUGUGUCCAAGUCCUGACACCACCAAAUUCAAAAGGAACUACACACAGCACUGCAGCCAUGGACCUCCAGUGUUAAUGCUGUUUUACAGCUAAGGAUGACUUGGCUUUGCAGUCAGAUGUUUUUAGGAUGCCUCCUGCCAAACUAGUUGGACAGCUUUAAGAGAAGUGCUGUUAGCACAUUGCUAGAUAUAGGUUUCCUGGUCUUCUGCAGGAAACUGCAUGAUGACAUUUGCAUGAAAUUACAACGUGCUGCCUUUAUCAACAAUUGACUAGAGACUGAAUUUUCCCACAAGGGAGUGGAAGAAAUUUGUAAUAGAGUAUACACAGGAAGGUGCUCCAGAACUCAGCUCUUGUGUUCCUCAUUUAACCUCUUUGGGCAAGAAGUAAGCUACAGGCUUCACAAUGGGCUCCAUUUCUAGAAUGAUUACUGAGUUUUGCCUUGAUCUCUACAAUAAAGUCAACAAAACCACAGAAUGCCAAAACAUCGUCUUCUCUCCAAUGAGCAUCUCUACCUCCCUCAGCCUAAUCCUUCUAGGGGCACGAAACAACACUGCCACUCAGAUAGAAAAUGUUCUCCACGUCAGCAAUGCUGCAGGAACUACAAGCCUUGAACCUGAACUUGAAGGUGCAGUCCCAGAAAACAAGUCUGAACUAAGCCAGGAAAGAGAGUCUUCCUCCUCUCUGUGUAACACAGAUGGGAAUCUUAACCAUGAAGCAUUCCAUGCACUGCUUUUACAACUACAAAACCUUGGCAAAGACUACACUUUAAGCCUGGCUAACAACCUCUUUAUCCAACAAGGAUUUGAACCAAAUCAGAAAUAUCUAAUGUGUAGUAAGGAACUAUACGGAGCAGCCCUUGAAACAGUGGACUUUCAAAGGGCUCUUGAAGCAAGCAGGCUAAAAAUAAAUGAUUGGGUUGAAAGUGAGACACAAGGUAAAAUCAAGGAACUUUUUCCUCCAGGAGUGAUUGACUCACACGCCGUUCUGGUGCUGGUGAAUGUGAUCUACUUCAAAGCAUCCUGGGAACACAAGUUUGAGGAGAAAAAUACAGUACAAAGAGAUUUUAAACUGAAUCAGAAUGAGAGAAAGCCAGUGCAGAUGAUGUAUCAGAAAGGCACGUUUAAAUUAGGCUAUAUCGAGGAGCUGGGAACUCAGGUACUUGAACUCCCUUAUGCUCAGAAGUCACUGAGCAUGAUCAUCCUGCUGCCAGGAGACCCGGCAGAUGGAUCUACCAGCGGGCUGGAACAGACUGAAAGCACAAUGACCUAUGAAAAUUUAAUGCUGUGGUUCUCUUCCGAACACAUGUUUGAGACAAUGGUAGAGGUGUACCUGCCCCAAUUCAAGCUCGAAGACACCUUUAACCUCAAUGAGGUAUUAAAAGCAAUGGGAAUGACUGACAUCUUCACUGAAUCCAAAGCUGAUCUUUCUGCAUUGUCAUCUGAGAAAUCCCUGGUGUUAUCAAACAUCGUCCAUAAGGCUUACGUGGAAGUCAAUGAGGAGGGCACUACAGCAGCAGCUGCUACAGGAGCUACUAUUGUGAGGAGAUCCCUUCCCCUCAUAGAGGUGUUUAUUGCUGACCAUCCUUUCUUAUUCUUUAUUAGGCACAAUCCCACCAGUGCCAUUCUUUUCUUUGGUAAAUUCUGCUCACCUUAAAAAUCAGGGCCAUUUUCUAGCAUUGUGAGAAAAACCUGGAUGAGAAUCAGAAAUACUGUUUUUCUCCCUACACCUUCUUAAUCCUAUGAAUGAUUGUAGACCAAAGUAAUCAUUGCAACCAAUUUAGCUUAGAACCAUCAAUUGAAUGCUCUCCUGUUAUGAUCCUUGAAAGGCAAAUAUUGAUCUGAAUCCAAAACAGGAGUAAAUUUUCCUUUAACCUGACAGGGUAUCAAGAACAUUUUGUUCCCUCAAGGCAUACAUACACUCCUGUACAGCCUACAGUUCUCCAGCAUAACAAUGUAAUGUAGUACACUAUUUGCCUGGCAAAGGUGGAAUGUGUGUGCUGCUACCUGAAGAGAACUGUUUGUAACAAUUUCCAGUAACCGUCAGUAAAACUGGAGUAUUUUUAUUUUCUCUGGAGUUUUUGACUUCCUGCCAGGUGGGUCUUGAUUAGCAGAAAGGGGCUUUGGAGAUGCUUUAUACUUAUACAUACUCUAUUUGUGGCAAAUCCUUUGCACAGAGGAGAUCUCACUUUAAUAAUUCUCUUUUCUGUAGCAGCAGUCACAAGCAAGCAGGAAAUAAUUACUUAUAGCAAAUUCACGUAUUCACUGACAACUGUACCACUUUUUCCCCUACCUGAUGUAUGCUGGAUCUAUCCUUGUGCUAUAUAAAUUGUUUAUGCUAGCAGCAGCUUUGGUUUCUUUUAUUUAUUUAGACAUAAGCCUGAAGAUGGUAUCUGAAGUACCAUCUCAUCAACUGGAAGAUAGAUGGAAUAUGACAUGUACCCCUUUCACAAACCCUUGAUUUUUUCCACAAGUUUUACUCAGAGUACUGUGGGUUUUUUUUUUUAUGGUAGCAACAGUAGGAACACAAGAUUAUGCCUCAUGAACACAUCUAGUAGGAGAGUUGAUUACAACAGAAAUUGAGUAUAUGGGAAGGGAAGAUUUUGACCCUCUUUUUACAAGGCUUUUUGGCAUUCUUUUUUGAAAAUAAAUCCACCCUUAAAGAAUCACAGUGUGGUUGAUGGUGCAAGGGACAUCUGGAGGACAUUUUGUCUAGCUCCCCCUGCUCAGGCAGGGCUACCUACAGCACAUUGCCCAGGAUCAUGUCCAGAGGGCUUUUGAGAAUCUCCAGACAAAGAUUUCACAACCUUUCUGGACAAUCUUUUCUAAGUCCCCAUGAUUUUGAAUGACACCAAAAAGAAUUUUGUAUGUGCAGUGUCUG